AUGGAUCGAAUCAACUGCAACCAACCUUCUUCUGGGCUUGAUCAGCUAAAUUUCGACUCCCAGGCCUUUUUCAAUGGCCUUGCCAACCUCGAUGCGGAGGGAACUUUCAAUGCUUCCAAUGACUUCAACAGCUAUGAAAUACCCGAGCUCUUGGGUAGCUUUGAUGAGUGCUAUGCCGGUGUUAUUCUCGAUGGGCUCAACCAGUCCGAUUUUGGCCAGCCCAGCUCAACUACACCUGUCAACCACUCUGCCCAGGCAGUAUCCAACAAUCUCCCUAUCCAUGCACCAUACAGGCGAACGACCUACGACCCUUCGAUUGGGAUCGCAUAUACCCCGGAGGACACUGACGCUGACAAGGUUCGCAAGUGGGAGAAUCUCAUCGCCCAGGCCAAUUUCGCCAAUGCUAUCGUGCCACCCUCUGCUUCUCGGCCCGUUGAGGAAGAGACAGUUGGACAACCCGCCCAGGAUAUGGAAUCGCCCAACUCUUUAUUUGAGUCUCCUCGCUCCUCAUCUGUCGAUGCCCUUGGGACUCCUAGCACCACUCCGUCGACUCCCUCCCCUCCUCAACAUACUGCAGCUACAGUGGCACCGUCGAACGCCCCAACGAAUGUAAUUGCCAGUGCCAUUCCUCACACCGUGCGGCUUCCGCGAGCGUUGACAAGCCACAAGGGCUAUGCCCAGCACGUUUCACCAUUUGCCCCCGUGGCAACAAUUUCCCCUCCUGUUCCAGCCACCCCAUCCUCUCGCGAGCUUGAAAAUGCAAGGUCUCGUAUCCAGAGCUUGGCUAAGGAACGAAACUACUAUCAACGUUGUUUACGAAAGGCAACUGCUAUCGAUCCUAAGACAGGCAAGACAAGCCUCCAGCUUCUCCAUGCGGAGAAUAUGGCCCUUCGCCGGGCCAACGCGAAACAGCUGAAGGAGAACGAGAAUCUAAAGCAAGAGAUUGAAGGUGCUCGGAUGUCGUACGCCUCCCUGGUGGAAAACUACAAUAGUAACAUCAAGCAGUUGCACCGGGCACAGUUUGAGCUUCGACACCUAGGGAAAUAG